UGGGACAGAGGGAGUAACUCAGAUCGCUGACGCCAAAUACAGUAAUCUUCACGCACCCCAAAGUCCACCGUAGCACGCAUCCCAAGACGUCGACACCAUGCAGUAUAAAAGCACACACAACCAACAGACGCAAACAAAUAAUUAGCCAAAAAAAAAAAAAAAACACACACACAAGUCCACACCAACUCAGCUCUCUAGACCCGAUUCAAAAUGGACCUGAUCCAAACCCGAACCGACCAAAACGGCGUCGCAUACCUCACAAUCAACCGCCCCAAAUCCCUCAACUCACUGACCCGCCCCAUGAUGAUCGCCAUGGCCAAGGCCUUCAAGGCCUUCGACGCCGACGACUCGGUCCGGGUCGUCAUCCUGUCCGGGUCGGGUCCGUCGUUCUGCUCCGGCGUGGACUUGACGGCGGCGGAGGAUGUUUUCAAGGGAGACGUCAAGGACAUGGAGAGUGACUUAGUGUAUCAGAUGGAGAAGUGCCGGAAAGUGAUAAUUGGGGCGAUUAAUGGCUUCGCCGUCACGGCUGGCUUCGAAAUUGCGCUCGCUUGUGAUAUUUUGGUCGCGUCGAAAACGGCUAAGUUUAUGGAUACUCAUGCUAGGUUUGGGAUAUUUCCAUCAUGUCUGUCUCAAAAGCUUUCCAGAGUGAUAGGACCUAACAGAGCCCGUGAAGUGUCCCUAACGGCCACGCCCAUAACUGCAGACCAAGCUGAGAGGUGGGGCUUGGUGAAUCACAUUGUAGAAGGAAAUGAGCUGAUGAAAAAGGCCCAAGAAGUUGCUCAAGCCAUAAUAAAGAACAAUCAAGACUUGGUUUUAAGGUACAAGGCAGUUAUAAAUGAUGGCCUGAAGCGAGACCUUGGUCAUGCACUUGCAUUAGAGAAGGAGAGGGCUCAUGACUACUAUAGUGGAAUGACUAAGGAGCAGUUUAAAAUGCAGGAAUUUAUAGCAGGACGAAGCUCGAAAAAGCCUCCAUCCAAGAUGUAGAAGUACAUGCUCCUUGCUCAUCUUACUACAUCAAUAAGUUUGUUGUAAUAUCAUAUGAUCAGAUAGAAAAAUAAAGAUGUAAUAGCUUUUUGUGUACUCUGUAAACACUUCAGAUCUACUAAUAACGUUGAUGGCUGUAAUAAGCCUCGUCAAUAUUCUGCGUUUGUUUACUGCUUAAAUGUUUUGUUAGCAGGUGGUGGUAUUAUCUGUUAUACAAGUUCA